GGACACCACCUACUCCCAGGAUUGUACCAGGCCCUGCCGUCCGGCUCUUCAGGUCGGGUCUCUGACUUUAAAUUAAGAGCCCCAGCCUUUUCCUCUUAUGUAAACCAGGGCCUUCUUGACCACCCUUCGUGAGGGGGCGUGACCCAGUCGCACCAUUCUGAGGACUAUUGGCUCUCAGGUCCUCGUUGGGGCGUGUCUACGGGAGCCGGGUGGGUCCGUACUGGACCGCAGCUGAGGUGGCGGUAGCAGAGGCGGCGAAGCAUGCACUCGGCAGGUUUGGCGACGCCAGCGGGGACACCCCGGCUGCGUAAGUGGCCCUCGAAGCGGAGGGUCCCAGUGUCCCAGGCAGGUAUGACUGACCCUCACCAGCUUUUUGAUGACACGAGUUCAGACCAGAGCCGGUGCUACGGAGCCCAGAGGGCAUCUGGAGACCUGGGCUACCCUACUACUACCUCUUCACCCCAGGCAGACUUCCUGGCUCAUCCUGUGUCCAACAUGGCUGUGGCCUAUGGAAGCAGCCUGGCUGCGCAGGGCAAAGAGCUGGUGGACAAGAAUAUUGACCGCUUCAUCCCUGUCACCAAGCUCAAGUAUUACUUCGCAGUGGACACUGUGUAUGUGGGCAAGAAGCUAGGCCUGCUGGUCUUUCCCUACCUGCACCAGGACUGGGAGGUACAAUAUCAGCAAGACACCCCAGUGGCCCCCCGCUUUGAUGUCAAUGCUCCGGACCUCUACAUUCCAGCAAUGGCUUUCAUCACCUACAUCUUGGUGGCAGGUCUUGCGCUAGGAACCCAGGACAGGUUUUCCCCAGACCUCCUGGGGCUACAGGCGAGCUCUGCGCUGGCUUGGCUGACCUUGGAGGUGAUGGCUAUCCUGCUCAGCCUCUACCUGGUGACUGUCAACACUGACCUCACCACCAUUGACCUCGUGGCUUUCUUGGGCUACAAAUACGUUGGGAUGAUUGGUGGGGUCCUCAUGGGCCUGCUCUUUGGGAAGAUUGGCUACUACCUGGUGCUUGGCUGGUGCUGUGUGUCCAUCUUUGUGUUUAUGAUUCGAACGCUGCGGCUGAAGAUCCUGGCCGAGGCAGCUGCGGAAGGAGUGCCGGUGCGCGGGGCGCGGAACCAGCUGCGCAUGUAUUUGACCAUGGCCGUGGCGGCCGCGCAGCCCCUACUCAUGUACUGGCUCACCUUCCAUCUGGUGCGGUGAGCUGCGGCUCCGCUUGCAGGCUUCCUCCCGCCGCCGCAGACUCAUCUCGCCCGGCGGCGCUGCCCCGGGACCCUCCCUUCCUGCUAGGUGCUGCUCUUGCUGCGCAACCGAAACAAUAAACCUGAUGGGCUAGGCACAGCCUCA